CCGUCUUCACUUCCUUUCACAUGACCACUUCCGCUUCAGUGAUAACCUGCGCAUGCGCGUUGGUUUCUGACUAUUUCGCUGAGCUCAUAACCACAAACAUCCGCAUGACAUAUAGGCUGUCAAGUGUGAAGGAUUUGUGUGGAUCAAUCUUCCGAAAGGUUCUUCACUCUGGCAGUCUGUUGCAGUUGCAGUCAUGGUUUGCAUCCCCUGUAUUGUCAUCCCUGUUCUGUUGUGGGUCUACAAGAGGUUCCUGGAGCCCAUUCUUUAUCCCUUUAUUUCCCCAUUAAUCAAUACAUUCUGGACCAAAAAAGCUGUGCAAGAGUCUGGGACCGGUGAUCCACUUGUUAACGAAAAGUACAAGGGGACUUCCAAGCUUGAGCACAAUGGAGAAGCGACUCUCAAUGGAUCAACUUUACUGGCAGAUAAGAAGACAGAUUGAUCAUUCUCUAUAAUUGCAUUCCAUCUAUAAGACUGUAAAUUAUUAUUAUUAUUAAUGUCUUCAUGGAGUGGAAUUUCUAACGUUUCAGAUAACAUUUAUUUUGUUUUAAUUUUGUCAUAAUAUUGUUAAAUAUUUAACUUGGGAACAAUGAUUAAAUGUACCAUGCUGAAUAGAAAAAAUAAUUUUAAGUCAAACAUGAUGAAAUAAAUUAUGUACUUACAGUUUA